AUGGAACCACAAUCACCUCAGGACGAGGGUUUGAAGAAGAAGCAGCCCAAGAAACCAGACCCCGAGGUGCUGCCCAGGCCACCCCGUGCCUUGUUCUGCCUGACCCUGCAAAACCCACUGCGAAAGGCCUGUAUUAGCGUCGUGGAAUGGAAACCCUUCGAGACCAUCAUCUUGCUCACCAUCUUUGCCAACUGUGUGGCCCUGGCUGUGUACCUUCCCAUGCCAGAGGAUGACAACAACACCCUGAACAUGGGCCUGGAGAAACUCGAGUAUUUCUUCCUUGGUGUCUUCUCCAUCGAAGCAGCCAUGAAGAUCAUCGCCUAUGGCUUCCUCUUCCAUCAAGACGCCUACCUACGCAGCGGGUGGAAUGUGCUGGACUUCACCAUUGUCUUUCUGGGUGUCUUCACGGCCAUCCUGGAACAGGUCAAUGUCAUCCAAAGCAAUGCCACACCCAUGAGCAACAAGGGAGCUGGGCUGGACGUGAAGGCACUGCGGGCCUUUCGUGUGCUGCGGCCUCUUCGCCUGGUGUCGGGGGUGCCCAGCCUACAGGUGGUCCUCAACUCCAUCUUCAAGGCCAUGCUCCCCCUGUUCCACAUCGCCCUACUUGUCCUCUUCAUGGUCAUCAUCUAUGCCAUCAUCGGCCUGGAGCUCUUCAAGGGCAAGAUGCAUAAAACCUGCUACUUUGUGGGGACUGACAUCGUGGCUACAGUGGAGAAUGAGAAACCCUCACCAUGUGCCAGGACCGGCUCAGGCCGCCCAUGCACCAUCAAUGGCAGUGAGUGCCGAGGAGGCUGGCCCGGCCCCAACUACGGUAUCACCCACUUUGACAACUUUGGCUUCUCCAUGCUCACUGUCUACCAAUGCAUCACCAUGGAGGGCUGGACCGAUGUUCUCUACUGGGUGAAUGAUGCCAUCGGCAAUGAGUGGCCCUGGAUCUAUUUUGUCACCCUCAUUCUGCUGGGCUCCUUCUUCAUUCUCAACCUGGUGCUGGGCGUCCUGAGCGGGGAAUUCACCAAGGAGAGGGAGAAGGCCAAGUCCAGGGGAACUUUCCAGAAGCUCCGGGAGAAACAGCAGCUAGAAGAAGAUCUCCGAGGCUACAUGAGCUGGAUCACACAGGGCGAGGUCAUGGAUGUGGAUGACCUGAGAGAAGGAAAGCUGGCUCUGGACGAAGGAGGUUCUGACACCGACAGCCUGUAUGAAAUCGAGGGCUUGGACAAGGUCAUCCAGUUCAUCCGCCACUGGAGGCACUGGAACCGCAUCAUCCGUUGGAAGUGCCACGACGUGGUCAAGUCCAGGGUCUUCUACUGGCUGGUCAUUCUGAUCGUGGCCCUCAACACCCUGUCAAUUGCCUCUGAGCACCACAACCAGCCUCUCUGGCUGACCCAUCUGCAAGACGUUGCCAAUCGUGUGCUGCUGGCACUCUUCACCAUAGAGAUGCUGAUGAAGAUGUAUGGGCUGGGCCUGCGCCAGUACUUCAUGUCUGUCUUCAACCGUUUCGACUGCUUCGUGGUGUGCAGUGGCAUCCUGGAGGUGCUGUUGGUGGAGUCAGGGGCUAUGAGCCCCCUGGGCAUCUCUGUGCUACGCUGCAUCCGCCUGCUUCGCCUCUUCAAGAUCACCAAGUACUGGACAUCACUGAGCAACCUGGUGGCCUCACUGCUGAACUCCAUCCGCUCCAUCGCCUCUCUGCUCCUACUGCUCUUUCUCUUCAUCGUCAUCUUUGCCCUGUUGGGCAUGCAGCUGUUUGGAGGCCGCUAUGACUUUGAGGACUUGGAGGAGCGGCGCAGCAACUUCGACAACUUUCCUCAGGCCCUCAUCAGUGUCUUCCAGGUCCUGACGGGGGAGGACUGGACGUCCAUCAUGUACAACGGCAUCAUGGCCUACGGCGGGCCCACCUACCCAGGCGUGUUGGCGUGCAUCUACUUCAUCAUACUCUUCAUCUGCGGCAACUACAUCCUGCUGAAUGUCUUCCUGGCCAUUGCUGUGGACAACCUGGCUGAAGCAGAGAGCCUGACAUCAGCUCAGAAGGCCAAAGCGGAGGAGCGGAAACGCAGGAAGAUGCCCAAGGCCCUCUCAGACAAAUCGGAGGAGGAGAAGGCUGCGGUGGCUAAGAAGUUGGAACAGAAGCCCAAGGGGGAGGGUAUCCCCACCACUGCCAAACUAAAAAUCGAUGAGUUUGAGUCGAAUGUCAACGAGGUGAAGGACCCAUACCCAUCAGCAGACUUCCCAGGGGAUGACGAGGAAGAUGAGCCUGAGAUCCCAGUGACCCCCCGGCCCAGGCCCUUGGCUGAACUGCAACUGAAGGAGAAGGCAGUGCCCAUCCCGGAGGCCAGCUCCUUCUUCAUCUUCAGUCCCACCAACAAGAUCCGGGUCUUGUGCCACCGCAUCAUCAACGCCACCUGGUUCACCAACUUCAUCCUGCUCUUCAUCCUGCUCAGCAGCGCCGCCCUGGCGGCUGAGGACCCCAUCCGGGCCAAGUCUGUGCGAAACAAGAUUCUGGAGUACUUUGACAUUGUCUUCACGACUGUUUUCACUGUGGAGAUCGUGCUCAAGAUGACCACUUUCGGGGCUUUCCUUCACAAAGGCUCCUUCUGCCGCAACUGCUUUAAUAUCCUGGAUCUGCUGGUGGUGGCUGUGUCCCUCAUCUCCAUGGGCCUGGGGUCCAGCACCAUCUCCGUGGUGAAGAUCCUGAGGGUGCUGAGAGUGCUCCGCCCACUCCGGGCCAUCAACCGAGCCAAAGGACUCAAGCAUGUAGUGCAGUGCAUGUUUGUGGCCAUCAGCACCAUCGGGAACAUCGUGCUGGUCACCACCUUCCUGCAGUUCAUGUUCGCCUGCAUCGGUGUCCAGCUUUUCAAGGGCACAUUCUUCAGCUGCACAGACCUAUCUAAGAUGACUGAGGAGGAGUGCAAGGGCUACUACUUCGUGUACAAGGACGGGGACCCCACUCAGAUCCAGCUGCAGCCCCGGGAGUGGGUCCACAAUGACUUCCACUUCGACAACGUGCUCUCAGCCAUGAUGUCCCUCUUCACCGUGUCCACCUUCGAGGGCUGGCCCCAGCUCCUGUACAAGGCCAUUGACUCUCACGGGGAGGACGAGGGCCCCAUAUACAACAACCGGGUGGAGAUGGCUGUGUUCUUCAUCAUCUACAUUGUCCUCAUUGCCUUCUUCAUGAUGAACAUCUUUGUGGGCUUCGUCAUUGUCACCUUCCAGGAGCAGGGGGAGACGGAGUACAAAAACUGCGAGCUGGACAAGAACCAGCGCCAGUGUGUCCAGUACGCCCUGAAGGCACGCCCACUGCGGUGCUACAUUCCUAAGAACCCCUACCAGUACCAGGUGUGGUAUGUGGUCACGUCGUCCUACUUUGAGUACCUCAUGUUUGCCCUCAUCGUGCUCAACACCAUCUGCCUGGGCAUGCAGCACUACAACCAGUCGGAGGAGAUGAACUACAUCUCAGACAUUCUCAACGUGGCCUUCACCAUCAUCUUCACACUGGAGAUGGUCCUCAAGCUCAUUGCCUUCAAAGCCCGGGGCUAUUUUGGAGACCCCUGGAAUGUGUUUGACUUCUUGAUUGUCAUCGGCAGCAUCAUUGACGUCAUCCUCAGUGAGAUUGAUACUUUCCUGGCCUCCAGCGGGGGACUGUAUUGCCUCGGUGGAGGCUGCGGGAACGUUGACCCCGACGAGAGCGCCCGUAUCUCCAGCGCCUUCUUCCGCCUGUUCCGCGUCAUGAGGUUGAUCAAGCUGCUGAACCGAGCCGAGGGAGUGCGCAACCUGCUGUGGACCUUCAUCAAGUCCUUCCAGGCCCUGCCCUAUGUGGCGUUGCUCAUCGUCAUGCUCUUCUUCAUCUACGCCGUCAUCGGGAUGCAGAUGUUCGGGAAGAUCGCGCUGGUGGACGGCACUCAGAUCAACAGGAACAACAACUUCCAGACCUUCCCCCAAGCCGUGCUGCUGCUUUUUAGGUGCGCCACAGGGGAGGCUUGGCAGGAAAUCCUGCUGGCCUGUAGCUACGGCAAACGCUGUGACCCUGAGUCUGAGUACGCCCCGGGCGAGGAGUACACUUGCGGCACCACCUUCGCCUACUACUACUUCAUCAGCUUCUACAUGCUCUGUGCCUUCCUGAUCAUUAACCUCUUUGUAGCUGUCAUCAUGGACAACUUUGACUACCUCACAAGGGACUGGUCCAUCCUGGGCCCUCACCACCUGGAUGAGUUCAAGGCCAUCUGGGCCGAGUAUGACCCAGAAGCCACGGGCAGGAUCAAGCAUCUGGAUGUGGUCACACUGCUGAGAAGAAUACAGCCCCCACUGGGCUUCGGGAAGUUCUGCCCACACAGGGUGGCCUGUAAGCGUCUGGUAGGCAUGAACAUGCCUCUGAACAGUGAUGGCACCGUCACCUUCAAUGCCACGCUCUUUGCCCUGGUCCGCACAGCUCUCAAGAUCAAAACGGAAGGUAACUUUGAACAGGCCAAUGAGGAGCUGAGAGCCAUCAUCAAGAAGAUCUGGAAGAGAACCAGCAUGAAACUCCUGGACCAGCUCAUCCCUCCAAUAGGAGAUGAUGAAGUGACUGUGGGCAAGUUCUAUGCCACCUUCCUCAUUCAAGAACACUUCCGGAAGUUCAUGAAGCGCCAGGAAGAGUACUAUGGGUAUCGGCCCAAGAAGGACACAGUGCAGAUCCAGGCUGGACUGCGGACCAUUGAAGAAGAGGCAGCCCCUGAGAUUCACCGUACCAUCUCCGGGGACUUAACGGCUGAGGAGGAGCUCGAGAGAGCCAUGGUGGAGGCCGCCAUGGAGGAAGGGAUAUUCCGGAGGACUGGAGGCCUAUUUGGCCAAAUGGACAACUUUCUGGAGAGGACUAACUCCCUGCCCCCGGUCAUGGCCAACCAGAGACCUCUCCAGUUUGCGGAGAUUGAGAUGGAGGACCUGGAAUCCCCUGUCUUUUUGGAGGACUUUCCCCCAGAGCCACGCACCAACCCUCUUGCUCGGGCCAACACCAACAAUGCCAAUGCCAACACCCCCUGGCACAACAGAAACCAGAAUAACAACUGGGCAUCUCCCAGGACCCUGCAGCAGAUCCUGCGAGAAGAAGCUGAAGGCACAGUGGGCCCCCUGUCAGGUACCAGGGCAGAGCGGCCUGAGAGGAGGAGCUCUACACAGGGGGCUCAGCAUGAGGAGACCCUGCAGGGCCGAAGAAGGGCAGGAAGUACCACUUCAGCAACUGUCCUGCUUAUCCAGGAGGCUCUGGCCCGAGGGGGCCUGGGUACCUUGGCAGAUGACUCAGGCUUCAUUGCGGCCACCAGCCAGGCCCUGGCCGAGGCCUGUCACAUGGAGCCAGAGGCAGUGGAAGCAGCAGCCACAGAACUACUGAGAGGACGUGAGGCCCCUGCAGGCAGCCUGGACCAGCCUCGGGGCUCCACAGAGACUUUCACCCCCCACAGGCCAUGA